UCCUAAAAUUUUCUUUCUUGGGAUGUAUUUUUGUUUGUAUAUAUUCUGGGGUGUUUUAGAAAGAACUGCAAAGGGAAAAGCAACUUAAUUUAUAUGGAUUCAGGGUACAAGAAGGAUUUGGGCCUCCAUUGAUGGUCCUCCAUUUUCUUAGAUGGGUAUUUAUCUCUGAAAUCUGCAGUUCUUUUAAUAUGGUGGAUUGCGCACUGAAGUGGUCAUGCAAGAAAAAUGGAUGAGGACAAUGAAAACAUAGAACCAGUGACUGAUUUAGGACUUUCGCUGGAUCAUUCCCAUCAUAACAUUCAGAGAAGAUUGAACAAUGAUUUUGGUGCAGGUGCAAAUGCAGCUUCAAGAAUAGAUAUGACAUUUGUGGCUGCUGACCCCCUGUCUGAACUAGUUUGGUCUCCACAGAAUGGUCUCAGUCUCAAAUGUGCAGACUGCAGCUUUUCUGAAAAGAAACCAUCUCAUUUAUGGGGCGCAGGACCAAGCAACAUAGUCGUUUCACCUCAAAUUAUUAAAGCUGGGAGUUGUAAUGAUGACAAACAUAUAGAUGAGACUUUUAGCACAUCCCUAUUGCAUAAGAAUUCUGGAGUUGGUGUAGAUACCUUAGUUAAGUCUCCUAGAUACAUUGCUAGCGUCAGGCCAAUGGAUCAAUCAGAUCAUGAACAGUUGGCUGAUAAGGAUAAUUCCCUUCCAGGAACUGGUCAUUUUGUAGAGGAGAUGAACACCAAGGGGCCAAUAUCUGUUCAGCAUCCUAACGAAAUGAAUGAUCUAGAAGAUUCUAAAGAAGGAAAUACAUCAGGUGAAAACAAAUAUCAAGCAACUGAAAUAGCUGGGGACAUGGAAGACAAUCUUUUGCAAUUACCAGAUGUAGAUAACUGGGGUAUGGCACAAAUUGACCCUUCAUUCAACGAUCCUGUUGGUGGAGCCAGAGAUGUUGGUAAUGGGAAUCAGAUGUCCGGAACAGAAGUUUUCUUGGCACCUGAAGUUCAAGCUGAGAACAAAUGUUUGGCUUUUGAACCUCUAGAGCAAAAUCUAAUUACACCAGGUAGAAAACAUGAGAAACCCAAUUCAUUUAUGGGAAAAGAAAGCAAACCUGAGGUGAGGAAAGGGAGUUAUCCCUGUCUUUUUCCUUCUAAAAAACUGGAGGCAACUGCUGAAAAUGACUUCCCAAAUCUGAUUAGUAGAAAAGCAUGUGGUACAUCUAGUAAGACUGCAGCAUCACAAUCUGCCUUUGAAGUUAAAAUGAAUUUUGAGCAGGAUGGGAAGACACUUCAAAAGCAUACAUCUUCUGGUGAGCAUUCUCCCAGUAAGAGCAAAAUCCACAAAUAUCAAAGAAAAGGCAAGAAAAGGGCUUUAUCUGAUGGAGAUGUUAUAGGAAGAAUGUCUGAAGAGGAGGAUGACAGCCAUGAGAGUGUUGAAAGUUGUAACAGCACUGGAUUGUUUUCUUCAGGCAAAAGGCAAUGGGAAUGGGGCUUUGAUCAACAGUUGAUUGUUGAGAGCAAAAGAGUCAAAAAGCAAAUUCAUAGAAGUCCUGGUUCUUCAUCAUUAAAUAAACAAGAUAGCUCCUUCAUGAACUGGAUAUCCAACAUGAUGAAAGGGUUUUUGAAAUCAAAAGCUGGGAAACCUUCCUUGGCGCUUACUGUGGCACAUCCUAAUCAUGAACAUGAUAGUCCUGGAAAGGAUCUUGAAACAUGUGAUGAGAACCCUAGAAAUUCUGGCUUUCAGUCCAUGUUCCAGUCAAUAUAUUGUCCAAAGAAAGAGGUUCAAGGCACAACAGCACUUGAUGAAAAUUUGGCAAGGUUUGAGCCAGCUAAUACAACUUUCGACAUGGAUGCAACUCCGAUUGCCUGCCACAGGAAAAACAUUGACUUCCACCAAAUGCUACUUCUUCAGAAUGAGGGGUUCAAAGAAUCUACCUCUGGAGACAUAGCAGGUCCAGCUACAGAACUGAAGAUUUCAUCAGUAAAUUUCACUGCUACUCAGAGAAACAGUGAAGGCAGUUCUGCCAGGAACAUAUACUCAUGCAACUUGGUAGCUGGUGCAGAGAAAGAUGGAAGAAGCUCAAGUUCCUCUCUUGGCAAAUGUAAGGUGAUGAACAUUGAGAACAUUGAUUCUAAGCCGGCUUCUGAAUGCAAGAGAGUUCAUAACAUUAGUUACAAAACUGAUCCUUUGGGGAGCUUGUGGAUAGCUCGGUUAACUCCAAAAGCUUCCAGUCCCUAUUUGAGCCAGGAUAAUCAAAACCAAAGUGCUAGUGAAGUUGUUGAGUGCUCUACUGAUUGCAUGAAGUUUAUUCCUCACACGGAGAAUCAUGUCAGCAUUUCUAAUGAUCUUAAGGUGGCAGAGGUUGAAGAGGCUAGGCAGCAACGUGGUGAAGAGCCUGUUCUGGGUUCAUGUAAAGAAUUACAAAUUCGUACUACUGAAACUGAGGCUUCUAUUGGUUUUAACAGAAUCACAGUCCAGAAUGAUCAGAAACCCAUAUGUAAAUUGAAACCCAUUGUGCCUUUGGCAAGAGUCAAAAAUUCAGAUGCAAUGGCUUCUCUUUUUGCUAGGAGAUUGUAUGCACUGAAGCAUAUCAUGCAUGCUGGUGUAUCAGAGGAUGGAGCACCUGCAACCGUCACCUGUUUCUAUUGUGGCACAAAAGGUCAUCAUUUAAAAGAUUGUUCAGAGAUGACAGAUACUGAGCUUGAAGGGCUUGUGACGAAUGUAAAGUCGCAUAAUGGAGUGGAAGAAUUACCUUGUGUAUGCGUCCGAUGCUUUCAGGUUAAUCACUGGGCUAUUGCAUGUCCCAGUGCAUCCUCCAAAGGACAACAUCAAUCUGGAUAUGGUGCAUUUUUGGCUAAUGACAGUAAAAUGCAGUGUACCAAAAGAAAUGAAGAACUCCUAAAGUCAUUGAAUGGUAAUGAGAAUCAAAAAGCUGUUGUUUCAUGUACAGUUUUUGAUGGCACUAAAACUCAGAUGGGGACCUUCCUUGAUUAUGUGACAAGUGCAGAUAAAAUGAAAUCUAGUAUGAAUUUAAAUAAGAAAUAUGAAGGUUCUAGUUCCAGGGCAAAUGAGUUGAAGGAAAAUCGGAUCACACCUUUGUGCAAUUUUAUUAGUCAGCAGGCUUCAGAUGUACGAAAGGGAAUCUUUGAUGCGAUUAAGAUGCUUCGCUUAUCACGGACAGAUGUCCUCAAAUGGAUGAAUUCCCAAAUGUCACUCUUACAUCUUGAUGGUUUUUUCCUGCGAUUGCGGCUUGGGAAGUGGGAAGAAGUAUUAGGCGGCACUGGCUAUUAUGUUGCCUGCAUUAGUGGGGCUCAGGGACUGAAUUCUCAGAGAAAUUCCAAAAAUUCCAUUUUGGUUAAUGUAGGAGGGAUAAAAUGCUUGGUUGAUAGCAAGUACAUCUCUAACCAUGAUUUUCUGGAGGUAUAAAAUUUCUGAAUUUUACUCUCUGUUAACUGUUAACAAUCAUCAUGUCUUAAGUCUUUUGCCACUGCAAUUACUUUCGAGUGUAGUUUAACAUUCAAGAUCAAACGUCUCCCAGGUAAGAUUAUGUUUCAUUCAGUAGACAGCCUAAGGUACACUGCACUGCUUCCAACUACAUAUUUUUGUACUCCCAUUCGACUAAAAGAAGCAGUUUCCUUAAACAUUUGUUGUGCAGGAUGAACUUAUGGCAUGGUGGCACGCAACCACUAGGAGUGGUGGCAAGAUUCCAUCCGAAGAAGAAUUAAGAAUAAAAGCCGCAGGGAGAAGAAUGUUAGGUUUAUAGGCGUUGUAGUGAGCUUUCAGCAGAUUCACAAACUUGUAAUCAAAGGCAGGCAUCAACUUUGUCUUGCUUGGUCCAUACUUACUGAAGUGGGAGAAUCCUAUAUUGAUCAACUAAAAGAAAACAUGUGGACUUCAAUAUAAUUAGACAGGUUAAUUCACCUAUUGUCAAUGCGUAGGUCCUCGUUGAUAGUGCAUGAGUAGAUUCAGUGUAGCCCCAAUCCCAAUGUAAGUCCUCUACUCCAUUUCCUCUUAGAGUAAUGGGAAUUUGUAAUUUUCUAUGUUCUUGUAUAAAUUUUUUCCAUUAUUCUUCUGGUUGUUUUGUGGAUAUGUAAAUAAGAUUUCUGAGAAUUUUUCGCUCUGAUUCCAAGCUAAAAAAAAAGAGAACAGAUAUAUGUACUUUGCUAUUGUACCAGUCAUAUACAAACUGCUGCUUAUUUUUACACACAUUGGUACAUUUGAUGAACGAGUUACAUAAUGGAGGACCCUCGUUAUUGUCAAGUCCCUCUCUAUAUGAAUCAAUAUUCAUUUAAUCC